UUCGCUGUAACUUCCAUUUACUCUUAGUCAGACGUUCUGUUUGCUGCCUUGUAUUGUGUUGCGCGGUUUCCUCGUAGGUUUUAACGUUCAGUGGCAGUAGAGAGUAGUGUCGCUCAUCCUCAUCCUCGUGUCCAUCGUCCGACUGUUCCGUAACGCUGCACAAUGACUGUUUCGUCCAAGACUUCCGCUCCCGGUGCCGUGACAUGCGUCUUGGAUCAAACCGUCGUGAACGACAAGACGAUCGGUGACAUGGCGGAUCUGGGAUUGUCCUUUUUCGCCACGCUCUGUGGACGCAAUCGCGGAGCGUUUGUCCUGGAUACGCCGGGGGACGCGCACACGUGGGGCUGCACGGCUUUUCCGGACAAUAUUGCGACGCUCGCUGGACUGGACCUCAGUAGCAGUCGCGACAAAAAGAAUACAAAUCGUAGCAACACGACCCAUCACGAGAAGAAAGCAUCCGUGAUCCACAUCAAAGACGCCAACGCCAUUUCCCAAGGAUUCGCAGCGGGAAACUUGACGGCAGCGGAAACCGUUACGGUGCUCGACUACUUUAUCAAAAUGGUCUACCACUCUUCCCCAAAUGUAGAUCAGGAUCCGUACGCCUGCGAAGUCGGUGGGUUGGCAACGUUGCAGUGUGAUCCCGUCAAUACGUUACCGACCAUUCGUAGUGUCACGUUGGCUGGUCUACUCGUACCCGCUCCCACCAUUACCCGAGGCAAGCCCUUGACCCUCAAGCAAGCCACCAAAUUUUAUGAACCGGAAGACUUUGACGAUAUGGUGAAACUCGGAUUGAAUACUGUUCAAAUUCCUGUCCCCCUCGACGUCUUUUCUGCGGCCCUGGUGGGAGACGUUACCGCCAAGAAGGACAGUAGCCACGCCGAUGAGCAAAAGGCCUUACUCUCCCAAACAAUCCGUGCGGCCGCCAAGGCCGGUCUCGAAACGAUUCUGGUACUCGUUGGUAAAGACAACGACGAUGCCGUUACGGCGGCGGCGCACUUUGCGGUGGAAGAAAACCUCUACGCCUUGACGCUCCCCUCGUUACAAUCCUUGCGGGCGGCGCGAGCCGCUGAAACUUCCCUCAAGCUGUUUAUUCCUUUGGAUCAGGGACAACUCAAAUACUUCACUGUUCCGGACGAAAACGUCUUUGUGGCCCUGGAUUUCGGUCACACCACUACCGUCGCCGAUAUUGCUAGUUCCACAUCGAUGGACGACCGGAGCAAGCUCUUUUAUCACGAAGCGACAUCCUGCAUCGCGCGGUCGCCAUUGGAAUACACGGCUUGCUUCCGUCGCGUUCCGGCCAUGGUCGCAUACGGGUUCGAUCUCGCCAUUGAUAACUGUGUCUUGCAGAAUAGCACCGACAGCAACGACUUUGUCGAUUACGGGCAGUGUGGAAGAUUUGACGAAACGGUAGAUUCUGCCUGGUGGCACCGUCACCGCGCCAGUUUCGCCGCACGGCAACUCGUUUCGUACGAACACGGACUCGGAUGGUCAUUCGCUGCCUGGAAGUUGUAUGGCGGUAGCAACGACAAAGACGAUCUGGAGGUCAUCGAUCGUCCGGCGCAGCUUUUGGCUCUCAAGAACGUUGCAGCGGCGGGACUGUUCCCUUCCUUACACGAUAAAGUUCCGGCUCAGCUCGCCUGUCUCAAUCCUCCCGUGAACGAUUUUCUCUUGGGGGACGCGACCCUGUCGCCAACCCCGGGUCCACCGCCAGAUUGUGGCAACGGUUGGUGGAAUUACGAUCUAAAGGCGUGUGAAUAUUGGAUUGCGCCGGCACCUACGGCGCAGCCUACGCCACUUCCGACCACUCACUGGCCCACCGCGGCACCGGUGGUUUGUCCGGAUCCGCCUUUUACCUACGGAUCUCUAGUGAUGGCUGGAGGGGCCGGGGCACUCGUUGCCGUGCUGGUAGGAUUCGUCUGGAAUAAGUUCUGCGGCAGCCGUCGUCGUGAAGGAUACAGUGAAGUGCCCAGCACGACCGUGUAAUUCAAAAAUACUGUCACGGGCACCGAAAGCUGAGAGAAAGAGGGGAUGCACAAUAAGUGAUCGAGCUAUUGAAUCAGAUUCAGCUAGCGUUUCAUGUUUAGAUACAAAAUUAAAGAAUAUAAAGAGGGUAGUGACAAC